AUGCUGACGAGAGAAUUCAUCGACGACAGUUUGUACAACAACAACUACGGCUACUUCUCGAAACAUGCCACCAUCUUUAGUCCCGGAGACCCGUUCUAUUUCAACGAGAUCGAGGACGGCCCGGCGUUCCAUCGCAUGCUCGGGGAUCGCUACGAGGAUUUCGAGGACCGGCUGGAUGAAAUCAACCCAGAUAUUGCUCGCCAGCUGUGGCAUACGCCGACAGAGCUUUUCCGGCCCUACUACGGAGAGACCAUCGCCCGCUACCUAGUGUCGAAUUAUAAGUUGACACUGUACCCCUACCACGACCUGAUCAUAUAUGAGAUGGGUGCCGGAAAUGGAACGAUGAUGAGGAACAUCUUGGAUUAUAUUCGCGACACCGAUCACGAGGUCUAUCAGCGGACCAAGUUCAAGAUCAUUGAAAUUUCGCCGGCGCUGGCAUCGCUUCAGAAGAAGAACUUGACCGAGUCGCUGGAUGCGGCUGGCCAUGAGGACCAUGUGGAGAUCAUCAACCGCUCCAUCUUCGACUGGGAUACGUACGUGCACUCGCCGUGCUUCUUUCUGGCGCUGGAGGUGUUCGAUAACUUUUCUCAUGAUACUAUCCGCUACGACCUCAAGACGGAGUUGCCGCAGCAGGGCGGCGUGUUGAUUGACUCCACCGGCGAGUUCCACGAGUACUACAAUACGCAGCUGGAUCCGGUUGCUGCUCGCUUCCUGCGAGUGCGCCAGGCUGCGGCGCGGCGGAAGUUCCGCUCGCCGAUCAGCCCCAAGUACAAGAGGUACCUAAGCCGUGAAGAAUACUCACAGCCGGAGUAUAUUCCCACCCGCCUCAUGCAGUUCUUCGACAUCCUGAACACCUACUUCCCGGGACACCGCCUGGUUUCCAGUGACUUUAACGUUCUCCCGGAUCCGGUGCCUGGCAUAAAUGGGCCCGUGGUGCAGACGCGGUACAAGAGACGGACCGUUCCAGUUACGACGCCAUUUGUCCAUCAAGGAUACUUUGACAUCUUCUUCCCAACCGACUUCAACACGACUGAAGACAUCUACCGCGCCAUCACGGGCAAGCUGACCCAGGUAAUGAGCCACGAGGACUUCAUGCGCCGGUGGGCGUACAUUGAGGACACGGAGACGAAGAACGGGGAGAAUCCGCUGUUGACCUGGUAUAAGAACGCCAGCAUGUUGAUCACGAUAACAAUGACGAUUCCGACUUGGAAACCAACCGUACUCAAGAAACGCGCGGCUCAGUUGGCCGCGAUCCCGCCCAGCUGGCGUCUCCCAGAGUCCAUCAUCGCCAAUCCUCCACUCAAUGCCCUUGAUGUCAUUCGCACCUGCGGCAUCCUUAGUGAGGAUGAGCUGAAGUGGACGGAGAUUGAUGACAGUAGCGUACUGCUUGCUAUGCUGGCGACUCGAGAGAUCACCUCCGUUCAGCUCACAACAGCUUUCUGUAAACGCGCGGCCGUUGCCCAGCAGCUGAUCAAGUGUCUGACGGAGAUCUUCUUCGAGCGGGCACUGGCACGGGCAAAAGAGCUAGAUGAUCUGCUGGAAAAUACGGGAAAGGUGACGGGGCCAUUGCAUGGACUGCCGGUCUCCAUUAAGGAUCGGUUUGAUGUCGAGGGGUUUGAUACUACUGUUGAGCAACAGCAGUAUCGCCAAAUCGCUGGAAUCAAUGGGAGCAGUGUUGUACGUGAAGACGAACGUGCCGCAGUCUCUGAUGGUAACAACCGCUCUCUGCAUCACACUCAGAUGUCCGACUCCUACAAUCACGUCUUCGGUCAGUCUAUCAACGCCUUCAACAGCCAGCUCAUUUCUGGCGGUAGCUCCGGCGGCGAAGGCGCCCUGGUCGGCAGCGGCGGCAGUGUCGUAGGCAUUGGGACAGAUAUCGGGGGCUCGAUUCGGCCCAUGGCCCGCAGCCUGUCCACAAUCGAGCACUUCAUGCAGUCCCUCUUCAACUCGGAGCCCUGGAGCAUCGACCCAGGAUGCCUCCCCAUCCCCUGGAGAAAGGAGCUGGCCGCGAAACCCACCCGAAAACUCCGGCUAGGGAUUAUCUACGACGACGGCGUCGUCAAACCCCAACCCCCAAUUGCCAGGGCAAUGCGUGAAGUCGCCCAGAAACUCCAAGACGCCGGCCACGAAGUCAUCGAAUGGGACACCGCCCUCCACACAACCGGCACCAACCUCUGGACCAAAGCCAUCCUUGCCGACGGCGGCCAACACUGUCGCUACCUCUGCGACAUUGUCGGCGAGCCUCUAAUAGAAGGAAUGGUCGUCGGGACCGAGAAAGACGAGCUGUCCAUCCCCGAACGUGAAGAGCUCGAACAAACAAAAUGGACCUACCAAACCACUUUCCUCUCCCACUGGAACGCAGCCAACAUCGACGCCCUCCUGAUGCCCGUCACGCCAUGGGUCGGCUACAAACCCAAAUCCUGGGUAGUCAGUUCCCAAUGGCUCGGCUACACGGCACUCUGGAACUUCCUUAAUUAUGCGGCUGUUACUGUUCCCGUCACAAAGGUGGAUAAGGUUCUUGAUGAACCGGACGAGGAGUGGUUGGGACAUAAACCACGGAAUGAGUCGGAUCGGUUUAAUUGGGGACAGUAUGACGUCGACUUGGUCAAGGAUAUGCCGAUUACGGUACAGAUUGUUGGGGGCAGGUUCGGGGAGGAGAAGGCUGUUGCGGUGGCGAAGGUUUUGGAGGAGGUUUUGUAG